AUGCAGGGAUUCGAAUGGCAUGUACCGGCCGACCAACUUCAUUGGCAACGCCUCCGCAAGGCGAUACCAGACCUCAAGGAUAUCGGAAUUGACAACAUCUGGAUUCCUCCUGGCUGUAAGGGGAUGGAUCCGACAGGGACUGGAUAUGAUAUUUAUGAUUUGUACGAUCUCGGCGAAUUUGACCAGAAGGGAAACAGGGCGACGCGAUGGGGUCCAAAGGAGGACUUGGAGGAUCUGGUCUACACUGCGCAGGAAAGGAGCAUUGGGAUUUAUUGGGAUACAGUGUUGAACCAGAAAGCUGGAGCCGACUCAACCGAACGUUUUGCAGCGGUCAAGGUUGACCCAGAAGAUAGAAAUACGGAGGUUUCUCAGCCCGAGAUCAUUGAUGGCUGGGUUGGCUUUGGUUUUCCCGGCCGCGGUUGCAAGUACAGUUCGAUGAAAUACCACUGGCAGCAUUUCACCGGUGUGGACUGGGACCAGAAACACAAAGAGCAUUCGAUAUAUAAAACACUAGGUCAGAACAAGACUUGGGCAAAGGAUGUGAGCGAUGAAUACGGUAACUAUGAUUACCUGAUGUUCGCCAAUCUCGAUCACUCCCAUCCAGAAAUGGGGGAGUGGCUCGGCACCGAGUUGCCAAUAAGUGGAAUGCGAAUAGACGCAGCUAAACACUACUCCGCAUCUUUCCAAAAAGAGUUCGUCAAUCAUCUGCGCAACACAGUCGGUACUAAUUAUGUUUUGAUGGGGGAAUACUGGAGGGGAGAAGUUGAUCUGCUUUUGGGUUACCUCAGAUUCAUGGAGUACGAGGUGUCUUUGUUCGACGUGCCACUCCUUGGGCGGUUUGCUGCUAUUUCAAAGAUGGCUGGUGGGGAUUUGCGGAAGAUUUUCAAGGGAAGUUUGGUGGAACGGAGCCCGAAACAUGCAGUAACAUUUGUCGGGAAUCAUGAUACACAACCUGGCCAAUCAUUAGAGACUAUCAUUGCACCAUUCUUCAAGCCACUGGCAUAUUCAUUGAUACUUCUUCGUGCGCAGGGUCAACCUUGUGUCUUUUAUGGUGACCUAUAUGGAAUCAAAGGUGGACCCGAGCCCCAGUACGGCUCAUCUUGUCACGGAAGGCUUCCAAUUCUUACUCGUGCACGAAAGCUGUAUGCACACGGGGAGCAGCGAGACUACUUUAACAGACGAAACUGCAUCGGUCAGUAUCUCUUCUUACCAUUCAAUGGUCUUGAUCUCUUACAAAACGUUCAGGAUUUCAAUGGCUCCUCUUCAUAUAAGCGCAUGUUCAUUGGGCUCAAACAUGCUGGCGAGAUGUGGACCGACAUCUUGGAGUGGCGGGAUGAAACAGUCUUGAUCGAUCGGUCCGGGCAUGGAAUUUUCCCGGUCGCUGCUAUGAGUGUAAGUGUCUGGGUCAACUCGAGAGCGAAAGGGAGACGUCAUCUUCAUCGUCCUUUCAAUGAGAAUAUAUACGCUCUGUGA